UUUAAAGUCUGAAGUCCUCCUCAAACAAGUUUUGCCAGGUGUUACAAACCACUCAUUUGACCUCAUUCCUAUUUCAGUUCUUCUUUCAAGGCAGCUGUGUUUGAUCUUCUUGCCCAGCAUUCCAGGUGCUGUUCUUUGGAUUUGGGUGGCUCUUCUUCAUGCGAAAGCUCUUCAAGGAUUAUGAGGUGCGACAGUAUGUAGUCCAAGUGAUCUUCUCUGUGACUUUUGCCUUCUCUUGCACCAUGUUUGAACUMAUCAUCUUUGAAAUUUUGGGAGUGCUGAAUAGCAGCUCUCGAUAUUUUCAUUGGAAGCUGAACCUGUGUGUCAUUUUGCUCAUCCUGGUCUUCAUGGUGCCCUUCUACAUUGGUUACUUUGUUGUGAGCAAUAUCAGAUUAUUGCACAGACAGAAACUCCUUUUUGCCUGUGUUGUGUGGUUGACAUUCAUGUAUUUCUUCUGGAAGCUGGGGGAUCCAUUUCCUAUCCUCAGCCCAAAACAUGGAAUCCUGUCUAUAGAACAGCUCAUCAGCCGUGUUGGUGUGAUUGGGGUGACACUCAUGGCUUUGCURUCAGGAUUUGGGGCUGUCAACUGUCCAUACACUUACAUGUCCUACUUUCUCAGGAAUGUGACAGAUGCAGAUAUUCUGGCUCUGGAGCGACGACUGCUUCAGACUAUGGACAUGAUUGUUAGCAAGAAAAAAAGGAUAGCGGUGGCUCACAGGACAAUGUUCCAGAGAGGAGAAGUGCAUAACAAACCCACUGGCUUCUGGGGAAUGAUAAAAAGUGUUACAACAUCUGUUCCUGGCAGUGAAAAUCUGUCCCUUAUCCARCAAGAAGUGGAUGCCCUGGAAGAAUUGAGUCGGCAGCUUUUCCUAGAAACUGCUGACUUGCAUGCAACAAAGGAAAGAAUAGAGUACUCCAAAACYUUCCAAGGAAAAUACUUUAACUUUUUGGGUUAUUUUUUCUCCAUCUAUUGUGUCUGGAAAAUCUUCAUGGCAACCAUCAAUAUUGUGUUUGACCGUGUGGGGAAGACUGAUCCAGUCACAAGAGGAAUUGAGAUCACUGUAAAUUACCUGGGAAUCCAAUUUGAUGUCAAAUUCUGGUCUCAGCACAUUUCCUUUAUUCUUGUUGGAAUAAUCAUUGUUACCUCUAUUAGAGGGUUGUUAAUCACACUUACAAAGUUCUUCUAUGCCAUUUCCAGCAGCAAGUCCUCCAAUGUUAUUGUUCUGCUGUUAGCACAGAUCAUGGGAAUGUACUUUGUGUCAUCYGUGCUCCUGAUCCGCAUGAGCAUGCCUCUGGAAUACCGCACCAUCAUUACAGAAGUCCUGGGAGAGCUCCAGUUCAACUUCUAUCACCGUUGGUUUGAUGUGAUAUUCCUAGUUAGUGCCCUCUCCAGUAUCCUCUUCCUCUAUUUAGCACACAAACAAGCCCCAGAAAAGCAUAUGGCCCUCUGAGGCAGAACUGAGUUGUGCACUGCUCUCUGUCCUGCACUGCUGYAACUCCUGUGGAUUGCAGAACUCAGAGAGACAGGACUGUUCUGUGUGUUCUGGCAGUGUAACUGCAAAACUUGGUGAGGCAGGACUAUUCUGUGUGUUCUGGCUCUUUGAACCUCCACACGUGUCAUCAUCAAGCUCUCUGGCACAUUUUGUUCAGUGCCACAGCUGGGAGGGAAGGGCUGUGUGUAUUGAACAUGAAUCAGUUCAUUGCCAAGCGAUAAAGGCAAUCCUGGGUACUUCGCUAUCCAGGGGCAUCAGAACUUGUGGUAAGCUGGCUGAGGGAACACCUUUUACUGUUGGAACAACAUCUUCAUAGAAGGCACCAGGAAAUGUGAUUUUUCUUUUGAAAAUCAAYGCAUAAUUGGGAUUUGGAGGAUGGCAAUUCUGGAAUUGAAUGUUUGCGUCUGUGGAAUUAAAGAAGUUUUUGUAAUA